AUGCCCAGGCAUGUUCCAGGGGAUCUGUUCAGGCUGGAGCGUCAAACUGUCAUCGUGACCGGAGGUCUUGGCAGUGUAGGGACUGCAUUGGCCGAAACACUGUCGCACUAUGGUGCCGACGUUGUCUUGAUAGACCUCCCUCCAGCUCCAGCGAAGGAGGUCUGGAAUACUCUCAAUGAAGCUGUUGAAGGCACGGAUCGAAAGUUGUUCCAUGUUUCCUGCGACGUGACCAGCGAAGACAGCGUCAGCGAUGCUUUCAACACAGCCAAGUUUCUCUCGCGCUACCCCAUACGAGGUCUCGUCACUUGUGCUGGAUUGUCAGGGCGAUGCCCAGCGAUUGAUUAUCCAGUUGAGAGCUUCCGGAGGAUCCUUGGAAUCAAUGUUGUCGGAACCUUCCUGUGUGCUCGAGCGACAGCGCGCAUCAUGCACGACCAGCAGGUUUCUGGCAGUAUUGUCAUGAUUGCCAGCAUGUCAGGUACAAAUGUGAACAAGGCUGUUGACACGAGUGCCUACAACACUUCGAAGUCUGCAGCUCUUCAACUUGCCCGUAGCCUGGCGGCAGAAUGGGGCAACGACGGUGGACACGCUCCGAUUCGCGUCAAUACCAUCAGUCCAGGCUACAUUCUGACACCGAUUACCAUCCCGACCUUUCAGGAGUUCCCGGAGCUUCAGAAGAUUUGGCCAGAGGGCAACAUGCUAGGCCGUAUGUCCACGGUAGAAGAGCAUCAGUCGUCGGUGGUCUUCCUAUUGAGCGACGGAUCAUCUUAUAUGACCGCAUCGGAUCUCCGUGUCGACGCAGGCCACUGCUCAUGGAAGAGGCUUUGA